AUGUCCACGGGCUCCCUGAGCGAUGCAGAAGACCUUCCCGAGGGGGAGAUGCUGGAAUGCGACGGCAGCCUGAAGAUGGGCAGCUGCUCCCCGACGCCGCGGCCGCUGCCGGCGCCUCCGGCUCCCCACCGCUGCCACGAGAGCAACGACGAGGGCUCCGGGGGAGGCGGCGGCGAUCGGGUCUCCCCUGCCAAGGGCCGAGGCGGCGCCCCCUCGUCGGGCAAGCGGAAGAAGGCGCCGGGCAAGAAGAGCCCGAUGGGCGGCGUGGGCGUGCUGGGCCCCGAGGGCAAGCAGGUCCAGCGGAACGCGGCCAACGCCCGCGAGCGCGCCCGCAUGCGGGUGCUGAGCAAAGCCUUCUCCCGCCUCAAGACCACCUUGCCCUGGGUGCCGCCCGACACCAAGCUCUCCAAGCUGGACACGCUGCGCCUGGCCUCCAGCUACAUCGCGCACCUCCGGCAGAUCCUGGCCAGCGACAAGUACGAGAACGGCUACAUCCACCCCGUCAACCUGGUAAGCGGACUGGAAGGGAGGCAGGCAGGCGGGCAGGGAGGCAGCGCCCGAGACCAGCUCCGAGUCCUGACAGGCCCCUUCGUGCAAAGCAGCCCAUACCUCCAGCUCUGCCCUCCUCCCCUUUCCCACCACCUCCGCUUGGGAGGGAGGGAGGGAGGGAGGGGGGUCACGUCGGUUGCUGCAGGCUUACAGGCAGCUCGGGGUAGCUGAGGUUUCUUUCUAGACGCAGAAACUUUACCAUCCCCGGCCCUCCCCGUCUGUCGCUUUUUAAGUAACAACGGUACGUUAUCAUCCUUGCUUGGAAACGUGGUCCAUCGGCCCCGAUCAUUCCGCUGAGUGGAAGCUCUGGUCUUCUGCCCCCCGCCCCAAGUGUUGCCCCGACGGCACGAAAGCCUCUUUUUUCAAAGCACACACCACCACGGACGUGUUUGACCUAAAGGCGACCCCGAUUCCGUGGGAGGAAACGGGAGAGCAGCCCCCGCCCCACUUGGCACAAACCGGGCAGGAGCUGUGGGGCGCCCCAAAGAUCCCUCGACGCGCUUGCUCUCGAGGGGUUCUGAGAGUAACACCCCGCCUAGCAGACCUCGCUUGGCUGCUCUGCUGCUUUAUUUAUUCGGAGGAGCUGUCAUUCCCUGAGCUCAGUUCUCUGUACCUAAGUUUUUGUUGCUGUUGUCAUUUAUUAAAUUUGUAUACCGCCCUUCAUCUGAAAAUCCCAGAAUUUCCUGUUCACAACAGGAAAAAUACAAAAAGAGAACACAAAACACAUAACUAAAAAACCAAGGAACCCCAACCACCCUUGGUGUUGCUGCUUAAAAAAUUCGUCGAAUACGGCCUGGAACGGUUGGGCUGGGAAUUUCCUCCCUUCCUCGUAAUUCCAGCCGAGCUGGAUCACCCCGGGGUAAGUGCGGGGAGGGGAGAGGGAUGCUACUUCGCAUUAAGUCCUCUCCAGUCGCCUUUGGCGACUAGACCCCGGGUGGCAGCCUGCUUCAGACACAGCGAGGCUCUUUCAGAGCCAGUCCUUUCUCACCUCCCUCUCGUUCAGGAUUGAAGUUGGGGGCUUGGGUGGGCGCCACAGAAUUAGGUUAGGCACUUGGGCCACCCGCUUCGUUUUAUUCAAACGGCGAGAUGCGCUUCUCUCGCCGAGGACACUAACUGAACUGCGAGAGACGCCCGAUUAAUUCACUGAAGGGCGUCGAACGUCGGAAUGCGCGACCUCCCUUGUCUAUUUCCAACCCUACGUCGUAACUUUUAUUAUUGGAAGUUCAAGAUGAAACAACAACAAACGAAUUUUAAAGGUCAGCGUGCAGCUGCCCCAUUAUUUUCAUGUUCUGUCGUCAGGAGUCUCUGUCAGUUCCAGUUGUCCGGGGGUCGCGGGCUAUGACACACCUUCACAUUUCUGACCACUGGGUCCAGUAAGGGGAGGGGGAGUAGGAAUAGGGCGGCUUUGAAUGUUUGGGAACCGUCUGCAUCCCACCUCCAGAUAACUAAGAGGACAGGGGGAGUUCUAAAUGGGGCAACCAUAAGGCAUAAAAAUAUAUUUAAAACCCCGUUCCACGGGUGGGUGGGCAACCAGUUAUGUCCCCAGGAAUUGAAAUAUUUAGCAUCUCUUACAGCGCAAUCCAAUACCUGUCUAGUGGUUACUCAAAUGUAAAUCCCAUUUAGUUCCAUGGGGCUUAGUCCCAGGUAGGGAGGGACAGGGCAGCAAACUCAAUAGUUUGCUGCAGCGACUAAAAUGGUUUAUAUUUUUAAAACACAAAAGCAAAUCCUUACAGCUCAGUGGAACAAACUCCAUCCCCCAGGUUUUAAACGUCCAAGACUUUUUAUAUUAAAUGAAUGAGUGCCAUGGAAAAAAUCGCAUUCCUUUCUCUGUUUUCCAUAAAAAUUGUCGUUCUGGAAAAUUAAAAAAGGAGUCAUUUUUUAUAUAAUCAAAAACGAUUACAAAAACAGCAACAGCAAUUAAAUAUGUUAAUAUUAACAGAAUCUUUUUGAA